UCGUGCACAUAAACAUAUUCAUCAAAUCAAUUAGAAAUAAAAGUUCUCACACUUUUUUGCGGUUUAUUUGGUUGCAAUUUAUUUUAAGUAAGGCUAUAUUCUUUUAGUGUUAUUUAAUAGCAAAACAGUUGUAACACAUUCAAAAUGGUUUUUGGAAUUGUUCGAUUGGCGGCUAGCCGUCUAAUAAACCCAGUUAAUACCAUGGCAACAGUACGCAAUGGGACAACAGCGUUUCGAUUCUUUUCGACUGAAACUAUAUCGAAGGAGCAACUUGAAAAAAUGGUGAAAAAAAAUAAAGUCGUUGUUUUUAUGAAAGGAGUUCCAGAUGCGCCGAAAUGUGGCUUUAGCAAUGCUGUUGUUCAAAUUCUUCGAAUGCAUGCCGUUUCGUAUGACAGUCACGAUGUUUUGGAAAAUGAAUCGAUUCGACAAGGCAUCAAGGAUUUCACCAAUUGGCCGACAAUACCGCAAGUGUUUAUCGAUGGAGAAUUUGUUGGUGGCUGCGAUAUUCUAUUACAAAUGCAUCAAAGUGGUGAAUUAAUUGAAGAAUUGAAAAAAGUCGGCAUCACCAGCGAUCUAUUGAAAAAGGAUAAUUCAUCUGAUGAGACAAAGUAAAAAUAUGUUCAAAAUCUGUAGACUAGAGAUUGCUUAAAAUAAAAUAAAAUCAUUCUGAUAUUGUCGCAGACAAUCGAAUCGAA